CCCGGGAGGGCGGGAUGAGCUCGGGGCGCAGGUAGCGGCCGCAGCUCCGCGGGACGUGCUGCCGCCCGCAUGGAGACCCGGCUCCUGCUCGGAGCGCUGCUGGGCGCCUGGCUGUCCUCAGCCCUGUGUCCGUGGGGUGCCCGGGCGGAGCUCCCGGCCGACCUGGACCUGCCGCUCCCCAGCCCAGGCAGCGCCGCGGGAGCCCGGAGCGGGGGCGGCCUCGCCGCGGCGGCGCAGGAGUCUGGAAUGGCAGUUUAUAACACUUCACCUACAGCAAUGUCCUUGGCUCGGAACAGGAGAAUUCACAGUAUGAAAUGUGAACCACCCAAUUCUCUUGCAUGUUUUAAUGGAGGGGAGUGUGUGUACCGAGAGCUGUGCAACUGCAGUCGAUUUAACGCGACGGGGCCGCGAUGCCAGACAGUGUACAACACAGGUGCUGAAAGAGAUCAUAUAUGCAGGACAUGGGGCCAGUAUAACUUUGAAACUUUUGAUGGACUCUAUUACUACUUUUCUGGAAAAUCCACAUAUGCCCUUGUGAGACACGCUGAACUAGAUGAACAGAGCUUUUCCAUACAGGUGAAUAAUGAUCCUGAAUGCCAUUCUUCUCCUUAUUCCUGCAAAAGGUCCAUUAGUUUAUUCUUUUCUGGAGAUGAACAGAUAAGGAUGAGCAGUGAAGUCACCUACAAAGGAUUUGGAGUAAAAUUACCUUAUGUUAUUGGAAACCUACACAUCCAGAAACUAGCUGGAUACUUCCUGGUCAGGCACCAGUAUGCCUUUACCCUGGCUUGGGAUGGUACAUCUGCAGUGUACAUCAAAAUGGCACCAGAGUACCUGGGCAAAACCCACGGACUGUGUGGGAACAACAAUGCUGUUCUGCAGGAUGAUCUGGAAACUAGUUAUGGAAAGCUGACAGAUGAUGUAACAGAAUUUGUAGAGAGCUGGCAGGAAAAUCCUCCACAAGGAACACCUGACUGGGACAAAUCUCUUCUCAGUGAGCCACCGUGCCUGACACAAAGCCACGAAUCUCUGCAGAGGGCAUAUGCUCUGUGUAAUAUCCUGUUACAUCCCCCAUUUAAACAAUGUCAUGAGUAUGUGAGUCCUCUUUCUUUUAUGGCAAGCUGCACAAAUGACCUCUGCAUGUCAGCAGCUGAUGAUGCAACUUGGUGUCGAGCGCUCACCGAGUACGCCAGAGCGUGUGCCCAAGCAGGAAAGCCACUUCAUGGAUGGCGUCUGCACUUCCAGCAGUGUGUCAUUGCCUGUGCUGAGCCCUUGGCCUACAGUGAAUGCAUCAGCUGCUGCCCUGUUUCCUGUCACCAGCAGUCCCAGUGCAUUGGCAGUGAGCUGCACUGCGUUGAUGGCUGCUACUGCCCAGAUGGCUUAAUUUAUGAAAAUGAAUUGUGUGUCAAGCCUAUGGACUGUCCUUGUGACUACCAUGGAAGUUUCUUUGAAAUGGGUUCAGUGGUUUAUGAAGAAUGUAAUAACUGCACCUGCAGUGGAGGAAAGUGGAUCUGUACAAAUUUUACGUGUCCAGCUGAAUGCUCAGUUUCAGGAGACACUCACUUCAUGACCUUUGAUGGGCGCAAAUACACUUUCCAAGCCACCUGCCAGUACAUCCUGGCAAAGAGCCGCACGUCUGGAACGUUCACCGUAUCCUUGCAGAAUGCUCCUUGUGGACAGAACCAGGAUGGAUCAUGUAUCCAAUCUGUCAGCCUUAUUCUUAAGCAGGACCCCAAGAGGCAAGUGACCCUGACCCAUUCAGGAGAUGUUUUGAUCUAUGACCAGUACAAAAUUAACCUGCCUUAUGCAGAUGAGUUUUUUGAAAUACGGAAACUGUCCUCUGUAUUUCUGCAAGUGAAGACCCAGAUUGGGUUACAGAUCCUCUAUGACAGAGAAGGACUGAGGCUUUACCUUCAAGUGGAUGAACGGUGGAAGGACGACACCGUGGGCCUUUGUGGAACCUUCAAUGGAAACACAGAGGAUGAUUUUCUAUCUCCAGUUGGAGUAACAGAAAGCACUCCAGAGCUGUUUGGAAACACGUGGAAGACUUCAUCGGCGUGCGUUCUUGUGCACGACAGCUCACAGGUGGAUCCGUGUGAUGUUCAUCUGCAGGCAGCCUCUUAUGCAGCGGAAGCUUGUAGCAUCCUUACGAAAGAUCUUUUUGCUCCAUGCUACCCCUAUUUGAGUCCUGUUCCCUAUUUUGAGCAGUGCAGAAGAGACACUUGCAAAUGUGGACAGACUUGUUUUUGCUCUGCUCUGGCCCAUUACGCUCAUCACUGCCGAAGGUUUGGAGUUGUAAUAGAUUUCAGAGGAGCUGUCCCAGAUUGUGCUCUUUCAUGUCAAGACACAAAGGAGUACAGUACUUGUGUAUCUACCUGUGGCAGAACCUGCCAGGCACUGUCUGUGCCAGAGACAUGCAGCAGUGAUUGCGUUGAAGGCUGUGCUUGUCCCUCUGGAAUGUAUUUGGAUGCCAGGACUGAGCGAUGUGUGCCGAGAAAUGAAUGCCCAUGUUAUUUUCAAGGAAUUGACUAUCCCCCUGGAGAAAAUGUCAUGACAUCUUUAGGCAAAUGCCAUUGCAGGGAUGGAGUAAUGAGCUGUGAUAACAACAUAAUAGCACACAGCUGCCCAGCUGGACAGAUUUAUAUUAACUGCAGUAACCCACACGUGGAUCCCGAGCUCAGCAGAGAGAGGACUUGUGAGAACCAGCUGCUAAACCUCACUUUCUCAGCACACCUCCCUUGUGUGUCAGGCUGUGUCUGCCCACCAGGUCUUGUGAAACAUGGGGAUAUGUGUUUGGAUGCAGAUGAAUGUCCAUGCUCAUGGAAAGGAAAGGAAUAUUUUCCAGGUGACAAAGUAAUUUCUUCCUGUCAUACAUGCAUUUGCCAGCAUGGAUCGUUCCAGUGCACCUUCCAGCCUUGCCCGUCGAUGUGCACGGCGUACGGGGACCGGCACUACCGGACCUUCGAUGGACUCACCUUUGACUUUGUUGGAACUUGUAAGGUUUACCUGGUUAAGGGUAUUUCUUCAACCAGUCUUUCUGUCAUUAUUGAGAAUGUUGACUGCUUUAGUACUGGAAUCAUUUGCAGAAAAAAUGUUUUCAUUAAUGUUGGAAAAUCUCUUUUAGUGUUUGACGAUGAAACUGGGAAUCCAAGCUUAUCUAGUUACAUAGAUGGCCUACAAAAAGUGCAGUUAUGGAAAGCUGGAUUUUUCACUGUUGUUCAUUUUCCUGAUGAACAUAUCACCAUUCUUUGGGAUCAGAGAACAACAGUUCAUGUGCAGAUGGGACAUCAGUGGCAGGGAGAAUUGACUGGAUUGUGUGGAAAUUUUGAUUUGAAGACAGUAAAUGAACUGAGGACUCCAGAUAAUUUUGAAUUAACGAACUCACAAGAGUUUGGAAACAGUUGGACAGCUGUAGAGUGUGUUGACAGCCCUGACAUUCGAAAUCCAUGCAGUUUGAACCCCCUUAGAGAGCCAUUUGCCAAGAAGGAAUGUGGGAUACUGCUAAGUGAAGCAUUUGAAGCUUGCCACCCAGUGAUCGACGUCACCUGGUUUUACUCCAACUGCUUGACAGACACUUGUGGCUGUACCCAAGGUGGUGACUGUGAGUGUUUCUGUACAAGUGUCUCAGCUUAUGCCCAUCAGUGCUGCCAGCACGGGGUUGCUGUGGACUGGAGGUCUCCCAGAGUGUGCCCUUAUGAUUGUGAAUAUUUCAACAAAGCUCUGGGAAAAGGCCCAUACAAACUGGUCAGCUAUUUGGAUGGAAAAUUUGUAAUAGCAGCAAAAUUGGUGGAUGGCAUUGUUUUCCCCAUGAAAGAAGAUGAUGUUGUUCCUGGGCACGUAGUGAGCUUUAUGCUGACUUCAGGACUUUAUAAACCCAAAGCACAUGAUUCCAGCUUGAUUUCAUUUGAAACAGCUGAGAGACCGAAUUAUUUUCUUCAGCUUGUCUCCAAUAAUACUCUUGUUGUUUCUAAAUGGAAAAAAUCGGAAGAUUUUCACAAUAGGUCUACGUUUGUCAUCCACAAGAAUACGUGGCUGUCGGGAUACAGUUCCUUUGAGUCAUUUGCAAAACCAGGAUUCUUCAUCCAUAUUUCAGCCUCUUCAGUUGAGCUUUUGAAAUACCACCAUUCAGAGGAGUUUAGACUGUCAACCCUUUUUAAACUAGUAGAUGUCAAAUUUAAGCUUCUGUCCCGUUCUACGUGUGAAUGGCGUUAUGAUGCCUGCACAAGCCCUUGCUUCAAGACAUGCAGAGACCCUUUGGGAAAAAACUGUCAGACAGUACCAAAAGUGGAAGGAUGCAUCCCUGCCUGUCCUCUCAACAUGUUGCUGGAUGAAAUCACUCAAAGAUGCGUGUAUUUUGAAGACUGCAUUGAACCUGCAGAUGACAGCCCACCUUUGCUUCUCAGCACUCAAACCCCAGCAGUUCCACAUAUAACACCAAGUGCAAGUUUGGCAGUGAUCAGUGGAGAGGCAACUUCAUUUCCUGUACCUGAAGCAAAGGACAGGGAAACAACACUUGCUACAAAAUUGCAACUCACAGCAACUACAGGGAAACUGCAAUUUUUGGCUACUACAUCCAAUAAAACACUUCCAGCCAAAACUUUACCUCCAACUAUUUCUUCACAGUUAACAGAAAUUACUUCUGGGAAAAGCACUACAGCAAUAACUGGGACAACAAAAUCUUAUGUAAGCUUGUCUGCUUCUGUUGACAUUUCUCCUUUGUUUCCCUCUGCUGUCAGUUCAGAAACUUCCACAAGGAUACAGCUGAUCAGUAGUGGCUCCACUAAACAGCUGAGGGCUACAGAACCUCAGGCAGCAACUGCUACACAUGCAGUGACCACAAGAACAGAGCCAGAGAGCAAACCAAUUGCUACUUCUGUUUUUACUGGGGCACCACUUAUACUUAGAACAACAGAAGUGCCAGUCAAAACUACAAUAAUGGAGUUAUCAGAAGUGGCCACAAGAACACUUCCCACGAAAGAAGCACAACUAAGACCAGAAGGACUUACAACAUUUACACCCAGCUCAUUUGAAUCAAUAACAGAAAAAACUACUGCCUAUGUGCCACAGCUUUCUACAUCAUCUCUGGAAGUGCCUUCAUAUACACCACCAGUAAACUUAACAGGAGCUUCUGAAGGGACAAAAAUAAGCGUAGAACAGUCGUUUACCACAGUAGCUAAUGUUACAGUGACAUCAUUUUCUCCUAUACUCAGUACUUUAUCUUUAUUAAAGCCAGUGUCUUCAGCAACAACAGGAACAGCAGCUGUUUUAACCAAACAGAGUGCGAAGACUACAUUUUCACCAACAUCCACACCACCUCUUUUAGCAGGAAAGAGAACUACAGAACCUCCUCUUGGAAUGGUUCAACACCUGACUGGUACUCCAGAGGUUCUUUUCACUACAACUUCAGGUCCAAAGAUGGCAACUCUACAAACCCAAGAGAGAUCAUCAGAAACAACUUUGUUAUCAUUUACAACUCAUAAAAAGGAAAUCCCAAAAAUAACAUCUCACGUGGAGCGUACGUCAAGUUCCUAUUUCCCUCCCUAUUCACCACAUCCUAGUUCUAGUACUGAAAAAUCUUUCAUUCUUUCUACAAAGAAACCUGCAGUGUCUGCUCCUACUCCUGCUUCUCCAGCUUCAGGUGAAUUAAAAAAAACAUUUAAAACUGUUUCAACUACAGGAUAUCCCUUACACAUGGUUCUAAACACAACUGAGUUCCUGACUACGUUAUACACCAAAUAUCCGGUCAUGGCUGAGACGAGCAGUGCGACACCUUUGUCUCUUAAGGUAACAUCCAAAAGAACAUCCCCUCUUGAAAUAGCAACAAAGUCAACUUUGUUUUCUGGAAAAAUAUCUACUGAAUAUGAGUCGGCUCUGGUUUCAAGUACAAUGAAGACAAGCAGUCCAGCAUAUCCAGAUAGUGUUACAACAUCAGCAAUGAAAACCAAAGAAACCACUACAGCUCCUUUUGUAGCUACAGAAAGAGAAUCACCUCAAAGAACAUCCAUCACUGGAUCUCCACUUGCUCUCCUUAGUGGGACUGAAACCACAUUGUUGACAACACAGCCUGAUAAAUCACAAGUAGAAAGUAUUACUACCAUCUCUGCUGGAAAGCCAUCUGCUUUGUCUUUUUCACCAUCAGGUUCUCUGAUUUCUUUAAACAUUUCUCUUCCUUCACUACUCUCAGAUGGAAAAGAAACAUCGCUGACAACUCUCAGUCCCAUGAGUACAUCUUCUGUUGCUCUUCCAGUGACAAAGCCUUCUUACACUUUCUCCACCUCUCAGUAUCUAGGAGAUAAAUUAGUUUAUUCACCUUUAACACAGCUGCUACCAGAAGUAACAACCACACCAAAACAUUCAGUAGAAACUAAAAUGGUUUCUACAGCUUUAAAACCUGCAGUCCAGAGUAUAACAGAAGCAGAGAAAAUUCAAGCAGCUGCAGCUCUGCCAUCCCUUCCUCCAUCUUCAGCAGGCCCCUUCUCCUUGCAGACAUCUUCAGGAGCUAAACCUUUGGUACCAACCACCAGGACCACUGUUACACCGCCUUAUUCGGCUCAGAAGACUACAGAACUUGAUCAUCAGACCUCUGAACCUUCACUGACGAGCCAAGUUCACCAGUAUCCUGCAGAAUCUCUAACACAAUCCCCUGGUCAGCCACAGCCUGUCUUUAGCACAACUGAAGCUGCAGCAGAACUGACUUCCUUGAAGACCUCACUACCUGAAGGCACUCAUUCCAGUGUGUUACCUCCCUCAGCAGGUCCUACCAAAGUUAUUUUACCAACUCAAAAAUAUUUGCAUUUAACUGAUGCAGUCACACAGCCACUUGUAUCAAGAACUUCUGUUUUGCAGCCUACAGUCCCAGCUAGAGCAACAGCUGACUUGAUUUUUGGCACCAAAUUUCCCCCUUUCUCACCAGAAGUGCUUGCCACUUCGUCUUCUUCAGCAACAAUUGAAAAAGAACUGUUUCCUUCAUUUUCCACGCAGAAGACAGCUACAGAUCUAAAAUUUACACAUCAGGCCUCAUUUACUAAAUCCCUUGAUUCAAGACAAACACUUGAAGCAUCACCUUCAUCGGAUUCUGAGUCAACCUCUUCAAUGGUUUUGCCACCAGGAACAGCAGAAGUUCCUGUCAUGUUGGGCUCCACAUCAGGGGGAAGUGGCACGGAGAAAGCUAUGGUGUUGCCUGAGCAGGUCACACCUUCAGCCACCAUGCACAGCUCCGUGAUCCUACCAAGGACAGCCUUGCCCACUGAGCCCCGCUCACCACCCGCAGCUUCAGCCUCUCCAGCAAUAAGCAGUGCUGGGCAAAACCUCAGUACUGCAUCAGCAGCUUCAGACAAAGCAGCAGCAGUCACAGAGCCCAUCUCCAGCUCUCCUUCUGUUACUUCAGAAGAAAAAGGAGCCAUGCCCCUCGACACAGUGAAGUCUGAAGAGUCAGAAUUAAUGACAGAAUUCCAGUCUGUCCAUACUCAGGGUGUUACUGUUACACCUCAGACAUUUUACCCUCCAUAUUUCACAAACACAACUUCAGUUCUGUCCAUUGCACAUUCACCUGCUGAAUCAAAAGUGUUUUCUUCUAUAGCUCCAUCAUCAGUCAGUACUCCUCAAACUUCAAAAUUUGAAGUAACAUCUGAGAUGCAAACACCUUCUGUGAGUUCACUGCUAAUGAUAUCUGAUCAUCCAAAUGACACAGCAGCUCCAUCAGCUUCCUCAUUUACUUCAUCUACCAAACCACUUCAUGGCUUGACUACAACAUUUUCUGAUGGGCUGACAAUAGCUGAAGCUGUGGCAGGAGCUGCAGCAUCACCUUUUAUGUUGCCUCAAGAAACAGCAACUCUUCAAACUUGUACACCAAUCACAGAGAAUGAGUGCAUAAAACACAUUUGUUUGGAUGGACAGCUGAUCCAGGUUAAUAAGUCACAGAACUGCCCAUACAAUGCUACUCAACCCAGCUGUGGAGUUUUAGGAUUUGCUACUCAAACAAAUGGUGACAAAUGCUGCCCAAAGUGGGAAUGUGCAUGUCGUUGCACCAUUUUCUCUGAUCUGAGCAUUGUAACCUAUGAUGGAAAUCAUUUGGCUUUAUUCAAAGAAGCAUCCUACAUUGUUAGUCAAACUCCAGAUGAAACUAUAACCAUCCAUGUCCUUGACUGUAGAAUGAAUAAUUCAAAUUCAACUUCUUUGUGCCUGGCAAUGUUGAACCUAACUUACGUAUCAAAUCAAAUUAUUAUCAAUCGUUUAAGCAGAAAAAUAACAGUAAAUUCAAGAUCUGCUUGGCCUACUGUUAGAAAAUAUGGAUACAAAGUUGAAGAUUCAGGCUUCAAGUAUGCAGUUGAGACCCCAACAAAAAUCAGAAUUCAGUGGUUUCACAACACAGGUGUGAUGAUUAUUGAGUUGAACAGUACCAGAGAACCAAGAGCUUUGGGACUAUGUGGGUUUUGUGAUAGAAGCUUGGAAAAUGACUUGAUGCUUCCCAACAGGACAGUUUUAAGCCAAAGCAGUUCACCCUCGACUUUUAUAGACAGCUGGCAAGUGCCAGACACGUUAAAGUAUGUCGGAGAAGACAGGCAUCAGGAAACUAAUUGCUCAGUCAUGGACUGCUCAGAGUGCUUAAGAAUGGUGUUGAACCAGACCUUCAGCAGCUGUCACCCUUAUAUUCCACCUGAGCAAUUCUGUGAUUUAUGGGCUCGAGACACUGAGUACAUUCAAAAUCCAUGUGUUUCACUAGCUGCCUAUGUGGCAAUGUGCAACAAAUUCAAUAUUUGCAUAGAGUGGAGGAGCUCUGAUUAUUGCCCCUUCCCCUGCUCUGAAAACUUCUCCUACCAGCCUUGCAUAGCCGCCUGUGAGGUUCCAGAGAGUUGUGAGAAUAAAGAGGUGGCUCCUCGGGACUCAGACUCCUGCUCAGUGCUGACAGAAGGCUGCGUCUGUGCUGGAGGGACCCUCCUUCACCGGACCCAUACCGCUGUCUGUAUUCCUGAAGAAAAAUGUGCUUGUACAGACAGCUCAGGAGCACCUCAUGCCAUGGGUGAGAUCUGGAGAACUUCUUUGAGCGGAUGCUGUAUGCAAACAUGUGUUGACAGUGGGACCAUAAUUCCAGUGGAGCACAGCUGUUCAGAGAUCCACAAUUUGGAGUGUCAGCGAUUUGCAGAAGUGGCCUUGCUUGUUCCUGAUGAUCAGACAUGCUGUCCUCAGAAGAUCUGUAUUUGUAAUCAGAGUCUCUGUGAACUCCUAAUCCCUGAGUGUAGCAGCUUGGAGAAGUUGGUCACCUACUACAGCGAAGAAUCCUGUUGUCCCAGCUACGUUUGUGAAUGUGACCCAGAAAAAUGUGAGCCAUUGGAGCAGAUGCCAAGCUGUCAAGAUGAUCAAACACUAAUUGCUGCUCGGGUGGAGAAUACCUGCUGCAUUUCCUAUAUAUGUGCAUGUGGGACUUGCUCGGAUCAAAUUCCCAAAUGUCAAGAAGGAGAAGUUCUCAUUGUGGAUGGCAACACUACUGACAGGUGUUGUCCUACAUACCAGUGCAUCUGUGAAACACAUCGUUGUCCUGAAUUCAGAUGCAUGCUGGGCAUGUCUCUGGUGGAGGUUUGGAGCCCGGAGAAGUGCUGCCCCUUCCGCACAUGUGAAUGCGCGUGUGAAACAAUCCCCAAACCACAGUGCAAACUGGGGCAGAAACUUCAGAUAGAUGAACUGUUUCAGAACAGUACAGAAAAUGUCUGUAACUGUGUGAAGUACAAAUGUGUGAGAGACAAAGUUUGCCUGAGUAAUGAGAGAGGUGUGCUGCUUCCUGGGCAGAGGAUCGUGGAGCACAGUGCAGAUGGCAUUUGCCAUAUUUCCUAUUGUACAAAUGUGGUUGAUCCCUCCACUAAAUACUACAGAAUAAACACAUCUUCCAUAGACUGCGCUGUCAAGUGCAAAGCUAACCAAGUCUAUCAGCCUCCAAAAGAUUUAACAGCUUGCUGUGGUAGCUGCAAGAACUUGUCUUGUCUCCACACUUUCAGCAAUGGCACAGUUACCAGUUUUAAGCCCGGUGCUGUUUGGAUUUCCAACUGCAUCAGAUAUGAAUGCACCAACACAGCAAUAGGAGCAGUUCUGGUGUCCUCCGCAGUUGGAUGCCCACCCUUUAAUGAAACUGAAUGUGUGAAGGUUGGAGGCUAUGUUGUGCCAUUCUUAGAAGGCUGCUGCAAAACAUGUAAGGAAGAUGGUAAAUUCUGUAAGAAGGUGACUGUUAGGAUGACCAUCCGCAAGAAUGACUGCAGGAGUAACACACCAGUGAACAUCGUUUCGUGUGAUGGGAAGUGCCCCUCUGCCAGCAUUUACAACUACAACAUCAACACCUACGCCAGGUUCUGCAAGUGCUGCAGGGAGCUGGGGCUGCAGAGGAGGACCGUGCAGUUGUACUGCACCAGCAACUCAACCUGGGUCAGCUACUCCAUCCAAGAGCCCACAGAUUGCUCUUGCCAAUGGUCUUAAAAAAAGAGAAAGCAACAAGCCCAGCUGUUCACAACGUAAUUUUAUAGUAGUUUAUCUAUUAAAAUAUAAUUGAAUUUCACCAGUAUACUGCAAAAGACCACAAAUACAUUUGGACUUUCCUAAGUUUCUGAAAAAGCGGCUUUGCAUCAUUUGUAUUGUGAUAUGUCUUCAUUUUCACUCACAGGGAUUGUUUUAAGGGUUCUUGUGAUAUGUGCCAACAUAAAAGGUGAUUUACAUUAGUGACAUCUAAAGAGAAAGAGCACCAUCUGUUUUGUUCUGGAAGGCUGAUCCCCUCUUUGUCAAGCCCUCAUUCCAGUUUUACAUCAUUGCCUGACUUACCUGGCAGUAGGUCACUGUUUUGAAAGCAUUGUAAUUGUGCAAGUAUGUUUAGUGUCUAUUAAGAAAAAGUCUUUGGACAACAUGAGAACAAUUUUCAGUUUAAAUCAUAUUCCUGUUGCUAAGUAGAGCAUGUAUAAGAAAUGUAGGAUUCAAUGUAGGAUUCUUUUUUUUUUUUUUUAGUCAGGGAAACAUUAUUCAUACUGAUAAUUGUAUGUAACGUUCCCUGUGAAUCAUUUCAGUUUUUCUAGUGUGUUUUGUAUUGUAGUGAAAAGCAUUAUGGCAAGCAUGUGUUUAUGGAACAGAUCUGCUGUCUUUAGGCUAUCUAGAUUAACCUUUAGUCACAUUAUCUUUCUGCUAAACAAUAUGGCAUAAACUGAAAAUACACAGAUUUUAAAAAGGAAAACCAUUUUAUAUUCCUUUUUAUAGAUAUAACUUAAAUGAAAAUUUUCAUCUUAUGAAAUGAACCAUACUUAAAUUGUCUCUUUAGGAGAAUGAACAUUGUUUAACACUAAUUUUAAAGAUGUGAAAGUUCAUUAGGAAAAAUAAAAUGAGGAUUAUAUGUAUCUGCCUCAAAGAAAAACAAAACUGAAAAUCUUUGUCACCUGUAUAGUAGAUGCAACUUCUUAAGGUAAGUGCUUGAAAUUCAAAAUGUACAAUUGUAAGGUUUGAAAUUUCAAAAACAAUUUUUUUAUGAACUUGAAAAAUUAAAUUUUUUAUAAUGAACUGAUUUUUUUUUCUUCUCUAAGCUGAUCUUACUAUUCUGUUCUUCUUUAACAAAUGCCACUGAGAUUAAGCAAAAAUUCAGUAGCUUGUGCUUUGUAGAUUAAAAUUGUAGAUAGCAUGCAGUGAUACACUUGAGGUCUAUAAGAGUAAACAGAUCUCAGCACCCCUCUUUGGAAGCUGCUUGUCUGCAGUAAAUCCAAAGAAAAAUGCAUUGUUAAAAUCAAUCAUGUAAACAUUUUUGAUAUUAAUUUU